AUGCUGUCAGAGCAGGUGAAACUGAAGGAGAACCUAGACAAAGAGGAACUUGAUCUUAUAGGUGAAAAGUCAGAAAUUUGUUACUGGACUCUCCAGUGUCUUGGGGAUAACAUCAUUUUUGGCAAGAUGAGGCCAAAUAUUUAUCUCUCACGGCAAAGACCUAGCAGAGAUGUGCUGGAAGCUAUCUGUGACUAUCUCCAAGGCCACCAUCAGAUAUCCCCAAAACACAGACUCUGGAUCUAUCAAGUGCUACAGACAGUGAUCAUCUCUUCCAGCCACAUCGACCAUAGCCUGGCCAACAAGUUCCUUAGCCUGGCUUCUGAAGAUAUGACAAAGAGCACAGAAGUGAAGUACCUAUUCCAGAAUGGAGCCAGUCAUAUGCUGGUGUCACUCUGGAAGCACCAUUCAGCAGAUGUGAUGGCUAAAGUGCUGGAGGGAUUCCAGGAAGUGGCUUUUCCUCAUUGCAGUGUCCUCUAUGUGAUGGGGAGGCUUGCUUAUGAUGCUACUGUGUUCAUAUUGUGCUUGAUUUCUGAUCUGGAGUCACUUAGGUUCUCUAUGUCCCAGUGUCCAUAUGGGUAGCAUUGAUACUGAAGAAAUUCUGAACUCCAUUUUGUAGUCUUAACCUCCAUUUUGUGUCUUUGGCUUCCCUCUGGAGUAAGCAGAAGUCAUUUCACCACAGAAAGUUGCAGGUUACUUACCAUUGGACAUUGUAAGUCAAAUAACCAGAACUCAGCAUAAAAUGAGGUAUGGCCAUGAAGUAGGCCUAGAUCUGGAGC